CUCAUUAGUAACAUUGGCUAGCUAUAACUGUCUAAAAACUUGCUAAAUCUGUCACAAACGGUGAGAGCUUCUGACAAAGCAUAGAGAUAACGUUAAAUUGUCAAAAUGAAAUGCGUCAUUGAAGGAAACAACGUGAAAGUGUUUGGGAAGGCCCUUCAUGCGCUGUCACGCAUUGGCCAUGAAGUGUGGCUGGACCCUCUGGAGAAAGGAUUGGCAAUGAGGUCAGUGAACAUGGCCCACUCCGCCUAUGCCUACUUCCUUUUCUCACCGCUGUUCUUCCAGCACUAUACGCAAGAAGCAGAUCUACCCCAUGACCCCAAGGAUCUGAAGUGCAAACUGGCCAUGAAGUCAGUGCUGCCACUUUUCCGUUGCCUAGCUACCAUCGAGCGCAACGUGAAGCGGUGCAAAAUAUCCAUCAGCCUCCCCGACAGCCGAGUGAUUUUCCAGUUUUUCUGCAGGCAUGGUAUCACCAAAACACACAAUCUGGGGUUCCAGGAGUGUGCGCCCCUCCAGGCUGUGUUCCAGGUCCAUCUCUGUCCCAAUGUUCUCAAGGCCCAGGCCAGACUUCUUGGAGACAUAAUAAUGCACUUUCCUGUGUACCAAGAGGAGGUCACCCUGACACUGUCUCCGAUGAGGGUGGAUGUGAAGAAUUUCUACGAAGAGGAUAAGGAGCUCAUGAGGGGCAUGCACACAGAGAUGUCCCUGCACCCAGAGGAGUUUGACUAUUUCCAGGUCGGAGUGGACUCUGACAUAACCUUCUGUCUGAAGGAGCUGAGGGGGUUGCUGUCCUUCGCUGAGUCCUACUGUCUGCCUGUAGCCAUCCACUUUGGAUCACCAGGGAAGCCGGUGUCCUUCUCUGUGGUGGACAUGGUGCUGGAGGCUAGCGUGGUGCUAGCCACCCUGGCUGACCCGGAGAGCAGAACCCCCUCCCAGGCUGCAGGGCCCCAGGAAGAGGCCAAGACCCAUGCUGCACCAGGGUGUGGAGGUGAAGCAGACUCUCGCGGCCCGGCUGCGUCCCAGCCUCUGGUCCAGGCUGACGUCACACCCCGCCUGGGCCCUGUGGGGGAGCUGGUGGCCUCCAGUCAGGGCAGCCCUGUUUUUAGUGGGCCGGCCCGUAUGAGAGACCUCCUCUACCUCCACAGGAGGGGCCUUGUCCAUGAUGGAGGAGAGGUCAGGGGUCAGCAGCCCACCGCUGCUACACCUGUGCCUCCAGCUGCAUUGAAGCUGUGCUCCCUGCUCUUUGGUGCCGUGUCCAGGCAGCAGGGGGAUGGAGGCGUCCCUGCAGCACCCAGUCUGGUGUGCUCCAGUGACACGGAGGACGAGGUGGGAUUCGACACAAGCCCACGGCCUCCAGAAAUGAAGACCUCUGCAGGGCGCAGAGAGAUCUGAGCACAGGUGCUUUUUAUGAACCUGGCCUUAGGAAAAUGCUGGUGUGGGGACUGGGAUUCCUGAGAGUGUUGCCACAUUGGCUGACCUCGGUUUUAUCUUCCAUUAUUCUGUUAAUUUGCAAUUGCUGGUACUUUUUACC